UACGCGAACGUUCACGGAGCGUUGUCUCGCUCGCAUCGGCUCCGUGCGGUUUCCGUGCGCGUACAACGGCUCGCUUUUGCCUCGCGGUUCUUCGAAUGUUCAGCGCGCGAAUGUUCCGCCGUUAAAAUUCCUGGGAGGAGAUUUCUCAGAUCGCUUCGCGAUUGUUCCCCUCGUUCUCGUUCGGGAACCAAUCUCCUCGGAGCGGAGAAAACCGAUUCAUUCGCGGAGAGCUGAUCCGCGUGUCGAUCGCGUCGCGUCGUUUGCGGCGUUCAAAUCGGUCGCCGGAAACAUGUAAGACGAGACGAGGAACGAUCGAAGUCGGAGAGAACUUUCGUCUGUCUUUCGAGCACGCGUCUCUUUCGGUACCGCGAAAAAAGGGUCGACGCGCGAGGUGUCGAUCCGCUUCGGGCGCUGCUCGCUCCGGGAUCGCUCGAUCCUCAGCUUCGUCCCUCUUUCUCUUUCUCACGCGUGCGCGUGCGCGCGCGCGCGCGAUCCGACGCACGUUCGACGGCUGGAUCUCAAGUCCAACGUUCGCACGUCAAAAUACAUAUCGCUCGCGUUCGCGGAAAGAAAAAAACGUGAUGCGAAACACGGAACGUCGUCGGCGACGCAUGUAAGAAUGCGAGGCUGAGAAGGGAAAGAGCCACGAACACGCGCGCCCGCGCCACGUAAAUCUCUCCUCUCCUUCGCGACUUCGCUUCCAACGGAGGAGAUUCGACUUCGGGGAUUCACGGCGGCCGAGUUCAAAGGGAGAUAGGCAGCGUCCACACGGAACCGCCGCACGCAACGCACGCUCGUCAUGUCAAUGAGUUAUCUGCUCGUGUCCUUGCUGAUCGUCGCGUGGCAAAGCGGCGCGCAAGCCAACUGGUGGUACCUGGGGCUGGAGCCGAGGCUGACAUCCGGCCCGAUCCAAGGGAGCGGUGUCGACUCGCAGACGCAGAUCGCCGGCGCGGGUGUGAUCGGCCCGGCGAGCGCCGAAAAGAAUUGUAAGAACGCGCACCUGACCGCCAAGCAGCAGGCAAUAUGCUCCCGCUCGCCACCCGUCCUGCAGGCAGUCAGAGCGGGCGCUAGGCUCGCCAUAGAGGAGUGUCAGCACCAGUUUAGAUCAGCGAGAUGGAACUGUUCCGUCAGCCCGGAAAAUCCCGAGAACGUAUUUGGCGGCGUCAUGCUAGUCAAUAGCCGAGAGGCCGCGUUUAUAUACGCCAUAUCAGCAGCCGGGGUCGUUUACAGUGUCACGAGGGCCUGCUCCAGAGGCGAGCUCACCGAUUGCUCCUGCGACAAUCGCGUGAGAGCGCGGCGUCCGAACAACUGGCAGUGGGGUGGGUGCAGCGAGGAUAUACACUUCGGAGAAAAGUUUUCGCGAGAAUGGUCCGAGAGCGGGGAGGAACCGGUGAAGGAGGAUGCUCUACACGGACCCAAAGGAUUGGCUGGCCAACUGAUGAGGAAACAUGAUAACGAGGCCGGUAGACGUGCCAUUCGUUCCAGGAUGCAGCGUGUUUGCAAGUGUCACGGCAUGUCCGGUUCAUGCAGCGUACGCGUGUGCUGGAGAAGACUACCGUCAUUCCGGGUGGCCGGAGUCGCCCUGGCGGCUUUGCACGAGGGUGCCGCUCUGGUGCGGUUGGCGCAACGCGGUGGUAGAAGACCGGCCAGGCUCAGACCGGCGCGUCCCGAUCUUAAGCGACCGAAUAAGACGGAUCUGGUUUAUCUGGAGGACAGUCCUGACUAUUGCGAGAGGAAUCUCACGCUCGGCAUUCCCGGCACGCGAGGAAGAGUGUGCAAUCGGACGUCCCUCGGUCUCGACGGGUGCCGGCUGCUGUGCUGCGGCCGGGGCUACCAGACGCGGGUGCGAGACAUCACCGAGAAAUGCAAGUGUCGAUUUGUCUGGUGCUGUCACGUGAAGUGCGAAAUGUGCCGGCACACGCGGGAGGAGCACGUGUGCAACUAGAUGGCAGAUGCAUUCCGGGAUCCGGCCUAUCUGUAGGAACACGUCGUUCUUUACGUUCGGAUUAAUCAUUCGUUGCCACUUCGCGUUAUAUAUCCGCAUCAAUUAACGCCGCGAGAGGCUAUACGACGACAUUUUACGUCGAUUUACGUCGAUGCGAUUUCCUCCUGGCGGUCACCGAUAAUCGUAAGCACCGUUCUUCAGCAACGUCUUGCGAAUAAUAAAAUACCAUACGAGAGCGUGCGCUUGAGGCUUUCGCUUGCGUAAGAGAGCAUAGAAAAUAUAUUGCGGAGAAAUAU